GAGAAAACAGAGGUACUCAGUGAAGACCUGUUGCAGAUUGAGAGACGUCUUGACACAGUGAGAUCUGUUUGCCACAUUGCACAGAAGCGAUUAAUUGCAUGUUUUCAGGGCCAGCAUAGUACAGAUCCUGAUAAGAGACAUAAAAAACUUCCUCUAACAGCUCUUGCUCAAAAUAUGCAAGAAGGAUCUGUCCAGCUAAGUGAUGAAACGCUAUUGGGGAAAAUGCUAGAUACAUGCGGUGAUGCAGAGAAUAAACUGGCAAUGGAGCUCUCUCAGCAUGAAGUACAGAUCGAAAGAGAAGUUUUAGACCCACUGUGUCAACUAACAGAGACGGAGAUCCCGAACAUUCAGAAGCAGAGGAAACAGCUUGCAAAGCUGGUGUUGGACUGGGAUUCUGCAAGAGGGAGGUAUAAUCAAGCCCACAAGACUUCAGGAACAAAUUUUCAAGUGCAUCCUUCAAAAAUAGAAUCUCUUAAGGAAGAGAUGGAUGAAGCUGGAAAUAAAGUAGAACAGUGCAAGGAUCAACUAGCAGCAGACAUGUAUAACUUUGUGUCCAAAGAAGGAGAGUAUGCUAGAUGUUUUGUUAUGUUAUUAGAAGCACAAGCAGAUUACCAUAGAAAAGCAUUAGCAGUCAUAGAAAAGGUCCUACCCGAAAUUCAAGCCCAUCAAGACAAAUGGACUGAAAAACCAGCUUUUGGAACUCCGUUAGAAGAGCAUCUCAAGCGCAGCGGUCGUGAAAUUGCAGUCCCUAUUGAAGCCUGUGUAAUGAUGCUUUUGGAAACGGGAAUGAGAGAGGAGGGCUUAUUCAGAAUUGCUGCUGGAGCCUCCAAGUUAAAAAAGCUGAAAGCUGCCUUGGACUGUUCAACUUCCCAGCUUGACGAAUUUUAUUCUGAUCCCCAUGCUGUUGCAGGUGCCUUGAAAUCGUAUUUGCGAGAGUUGCCAGAACCUUUAAUGACCUACAGUCUAUAUGAAGAAUGGACACAAGCUGCAAAUAUUCAGGACCAGGAUAAGAAGCUACAAGAGUUAUGGAGAAUUUGUAACAGAUUACCUAAGCAUUAUCAUGCUAAUUUCAGGUAUUUAAUCAAAUUUUUAGCAAAGCUCGCCCAGAACAGCGAUGUUAACAAAAUGACGCCCAGCAAUAUCGCAAUAGUCUUGGGCCCCAACUUGUUAUGGGCAAAGAAUGAAGGAUCCCUUGCUGAAAUGGCAGCAGCGACUUCAGUCCAUGUGGUAGCAGUUAUUGAGCCAAUUAUUCAGCAUGCAGACUGGUUCUUCCCUGGAGAAUAUGAAUCUGGGACACUGGAACGGAAGAGGCCUGUUAGUAUGACUGUAAUGGAAGGGGAUUUAUUGAAGAAGGAAAGCUUUAGUGUCAAGGUUAUGGACUUCCAAGCGAAUCCUCGGAGAUGUGGCACUAUAAAUAGAAAGCACACAUCCCCAGCUUUCCAGCCACCACUUCCACCCACAGAGGCUGGCGUGCUGGCUCAGUCUGGAACGGAGCAGCACUCACAAGCUCCUGUGGCUGAAACAAGCCCAGUGGGUGCUGGUUUUGCUCUCUCUGCUGGCACAGCAGAACAGUUACAAAGUCAAGGAAAUGAGGAUGUCAGUACCUCAAAAUCUAAGGACAACACAUCUUCAGCUACUCCUCCACCCGUGAGAAAUGGCGGGCACGCAGGCACUGUCCAGAACCAGUCAACAAGUAGCACUAAUCAGCUUUCUGUUAAUCAGCCACAGAAUGCAGCAGGUCCCAGUCCCCAUUCAAUGAGGAGAGCUGUUAAAAAGCCUGCACCAGCCCCUCCCAAGCCAGCUAACCCGCCGCCCGGGCAGCCCGGAAGCCAAAGUUCUGCCCCAGCUGCUCAGCCACCUUCUGUGUCUCCAAAACCACCUGCUAGAAGUUCUUCUCCUCCCGCUCAACAUGCAAACCAAGGAACAGCCCAGACCUCCACUUCCCAGGUUUCUGCACCUCGGAGAUAUUCCAGCAGCCUUUCCCCAAUACAAGCUCCCAGCCAUCCACCACCACAGCCCCCAACUCAGGCUACUCCUCCACUGCAGCCCAAAUCAAACAGUCAAGCAUCUCCUCCUGCUGCACCCAGCAGUGAGCAUGGACCAGAGCAACCCUGUUACACUCCUCCGCAGACUCCAACACCACCCGAUACACCCCCUCUAGGAAAACAUAAUCCUAGUUCCCCAGCGUCACAGCCACAGCCAUCUACUCAAGAAACCUCCCAGUCUCACUCUCCACCUCAGAGUGGUACACUGCCAAGGCCACGGCCGGUACCAAAACCCAGAAAUAGACCUAGCGUUCCCCCUCCGCCUCAUCCUCCUUCUCAGCUGGCUGGAGAUGGUAUUAUUGCAAAUCCCACACAAACAGCUUCCAAAAUAGUAACAGACUCCAAUUCCAGUAUUCAAGAACCACUUCAAAACCCUUCUUCAGAGCUUCUUACAGAGACAGCGAGCAAAGAACUACACAACCAUCUCGUGCUCGACCUUGACAAUGAUACGGAAAGCACUGCUCUGUAAUGGAAACUCUCCCAACUUUUCCAAAGUUCCUCUCCUGGUGGGAAAACUAACAGACCUAACAGUGAAAAGCUUCUUUUGACGAUAUGGCAAAACUGUGCAGAGGUUGAUUGGGGCAUCACGGAGAAAGUGAUUGAGCCAUUCAGAAGAAGUUUAAUGAUCUGUGUCUCAACAAUGGUUUUCAAAAUCUUGGAUGGAAGGAAUUAAUUACUGCAGAAACUUGCAUAGGAAGCAUAAUUGCUGCUAAUACAGAUGGUAUUAGCAGAAAUUCCGAGAGAAUAAGAAGCAGAGCAUUAGUUAUUUAAAGUGCAUGUAUUAUGGAAAUAAUCUUUUUAAUGUCAUGGUUAGACUUUUACUUCUAGUUCUUAGACAUUACAAGGAGAUGCCUUGCGAGAGACAUUCCCUCACUGAUUUGCUGCAGAUUCUUUUUAAAACGUGAACCAAAAAAUGCCAGAGCGCUGGUGGUGACUGCUGGUUAUCAGUCACCUUGUCAAAACUGUGGGUGUAUUCUAGUGCCUUGAAGGACUGUCAUACUGUAGAAUGAAACCUAUUGUAUCUUUAAUCAUUUCAUUGCUACUUAACGAUCAGUACUUCAUACUUAUUUCAUAGUUAUUUGUAUUAACCAAGCCUGCUUUUGUUUAUGUGAAACUUGCAACUGUUUCA